AUGAAGAUCGGUGAUCUCGAAGACGACGAAGACGAUAAACACGGUGAUGGUCGAACGUUCAAAGUGCUCAACAAUCUCCUUGCAUCAACUUGCGCAAUCGACUCAUCUUAUUCCGACCUCAACAAGGCUGAUGACAUACUCCAGAACACGAACAACCUCCCUGAUACAACUGCCGCUUCGCGAGGGCUCAUCGAUAUGUCCUCCCCCACAUCCUCCAGCGAUACCAUCUCCGUCGCGCAACAAGCCGCCACGCCGUCAUCUAUUCCUACCUCCGCUCAACGCGCAGCUCAACUCUCUGAGUGCUUUUCCAGCAUCGCAGAACAGCUCGCCCAUGCAUCGUCUCUGUUCGCUCUCCCACCGAUCUCGGCGGCUGUAGAGAGCAGCACCGCAGUACCGCAGUCUGGGUACGAUCAUCAGAUGGACCUUUCAGAGGUCUUCGCUCGUCUAGCAGCAAUAGAGCAAAUGCAAGCAGGACUUCGUGCUGAUAUCGAUGCCGUCCAGAGACUGCUCGCAGGGGCGCAGCUGGUAGGUGCACGGCCAGGGCCCUCAGAGGCCGAUCUCGAGACAAAGAUCAACGAGAUAAUGGACACAAUAAAACUGGAGUAA